GCGGCGCAAUAUUACCAAACAGUGUAGAAAGACAAAUUAGGUUAUAUUUUUCAUUAGACUAUUCGUUCGUUCUAUCAUCACCGUCAAACAAACAAUGACCGAUAAUCUCCGAACUCUCUAAUUAGUAAACACAUAUUAACGUUGCGCAGUAAGUGUCGACGAUUAAAAAUUCAACACCACUAAUAUGACAAGUGCAGUGAUGCACCCGAAGAGACCACGGGAGGAUGAUACCCUCGAGUGUUUUUUGUAUCCGCGAUUCUGUUACUGCCUUAACACGGAUCAAAUCACCGAAGAAAUGCUUAACUCAGAAAUUCAGAUGUUCAAACAAGACAUCGAGCUUUACGUUAAAGAUUAUUUAUGGCACAGAGAUCCCCUUGUCUUUGACGUUAGAACCAAACAGACAUUGCAGUUCGAUUGUAUUAUUGAGAAUUCCUUAAGGCCAACGGAUUUGGAGCUACUGCCGCACAUACAUGUUAAUUUGCGAUUUGACGAGGAUAUAGGAGACGAAUGGUUUGUUGUUUUCUUAAUUAUGAAUCUCACUAAAAAGUACGAAGGCCUUAUUGCAAGAAUGAUAGACUCUGAUGGGGAGUUCCUCUUGAUCGAAGCAGCAGAAGAAAUUCCAAGUUGGGCUACUCCGGAAGCUUGUCAGAAUCGUGUUUUCAUGAUGAAUGGCGCUGUGCACGCAGUUCAAGAUAAACAAAAAAUUUGUAUAAAUAUUUUAAAUAGCGUUCAUCAAAAUCCUCAUAUGUUUAGGCUCUCUGACAAGGUUCAAGCAGUUAUUCAAAAGAAAAUUAGUAUUUAUCCGGAGGAGAUUGUGAAUAGAAAACACAAAGCAAGGGCCUAUUUACCAGAAAAGGCUGCAUACAUUUUACGUAAAGAACCCAAGCUCGUAGCAUCCGCUAUUAGAACGAUUUGCCACUCGGAUCCUCUUGAAAGAAAAGUAUGUCGCGGUAUGCGUUAUUUUCCUCCAGAGCAACGUAUUAUGGAAAACGUGAAAAUGACUAAAUGUUUAUAUGCCAUGGCUUCACAUUGUAGGUACACUGGUGACCUUAGAACAGGUUGGAACUUACCUCCCGCUAAUAGCCCCAAAUACAACGCCUACUUGCUUGGCAUCAAGAUAGCUUGUGGCCUGGAGAUGCUUUUGGAGCGAGCGCACGAGGAGCUGCGCAAGUGCGAAAAGCAGCUCGCUGACAACAAAUCACCGGUACUCGAUGACGAGGCUUGGUCGAACUUCCUCAAGCGGCUCGAAUCAAGUGGCUACUUCCGAGAGUUGUUGGAGGGCAGUCGGGAGAGGCAGUCACUCCUGGAGAAGGCAAAGUCUUAUUAUAGGUUGCACAUGAGCUGCAAUGGAGCGAGCGAGAGACUCGAGAGUCGCGAGACGCAGCGACUCCUUAAGGUCUACAAAGAUAUUCAGAGCAACGAUAUGGAAAUGGAAUCUACGGAAGUGUGCACCCUCAGUCCCGAAGAUAACGAUAAUUGGUUGAACGUCGAUCCUAUACAAUUGGAAACGAUGUUAAAUCAACAAUUUGGAAUGCAUAAAAAGAAAAUACAGCAGCCUUUAAAUCUUCAGGAUAAGGUGCAAGCUUUCAUUAAUCAAAGAAGCGGAGUCGAGGGUGUUCGGUUUUACGUGGACAAUGAUACGGAUAUAAAACCACCUCCCGACAUGGAAGAUAAUAAUCGGAUAGAUUUCGACCCAGACGUUUUUGAUUCGGCGCUUCGAGACAUAUUGGACUUCGUUGUCCCUGGCGAGGAUGGUGAAUUUGUUGGGAGUUCGGACAGUGAACUCGGAGGUGAUGGCGACGAUUUGGGUGGCGAAAUGGAUAAAUACAUGCAAUUGCUUGACUCGCAGCUCCAGGAACAGAUGAUUGAUAGCUCCACAAGCAAUAGUAUGUCGAAUCGUGACACGAUGGAGGCAAAUCUGCUGGGAAGCAUUAAGGAAGAAGCUGGGGGAACCGGACCCCUGAGUAAUAUAUUAGGUGGUCCCGUUGAAAAGCUCAAGCAUCUGCAAUUGAACUCAACCGACAAUGAAGCAAAAGACGUAAAUGAUUAAAAAAAAUAUCUGAUCUUCUGGUUCGAAAGUUCGACAUAUUCCAUUUUAUAGGAGUAAAUCGGGGGUAUUGAUGCGUAAUUAGUCCCUUUUUACUUCCGUUGCUAAACACUUGACAUUUUGCUUCCUUCAUAUAUUCAUUUUAAUGUAAUGUAAGUCUUUAUAGGAUUUAUUAUU